UUGGAUGAGCGUGAACGUGCAUUUCAGUUGUGUCCGAUCUCUUUCCUUCAUGUUGCCGUAUCAUCUACAAUUUCUCAGUUGUUCGCAUCGUCCCAGCCAUCUUUGUUGUCCACGACGGCGGGUCUCUGUCAUGUAAUUGUUUCAUCCUCGCAAGGCCUCGACUAUGACUCUCUUUUGAGGACUGCGACAUUUUACGUUCGUAUAUUUCUUCCGUCUUCGUAUAGGUAUCGUUAGUGCAGAUCUGGUGAGCUUUGCAGCUUCCGAAGUAGAUGUUAUGCAUGUGGAGUCACGGCUUCGCAUUCAUUCCAUCCAGGCCUUCAGUGACAACAAAAGUCGAGAGCUCGAUGCAAUGAAUCGAAGCCAUGGCCUCAACUGUACAGGUCAUACCAGAUCACACCCGCGCGUGUCCGUGUUCACGCUGUCACGCUAAGUCAGUUUUCACAUGUCAGUCACCUGGUCCUUGGCAUCGCCUAGUGUUCUUUGUAGUCUCAUCAUCUUCAUGGUAUACUUCCGAAGAAGAGUACGAUGUCCAGUAAUCAGAUCCUGUCACCGUCUUCCCAUCUACACUUUCUGCAAUGUGAUCUAUCUUCAAACUAGUUUAACCAGCCACCAUGGUCAUUCUGAGCCUCGUCUUGCCUGUCAUUGCCGCCCCAAGUCUCUACAUCCAGCUAUAUCGUCAGGUUUCAUCGACAGGCAUAUCGAGGCUCAUGAUGAUUAUAGUGCACUUUUGACUUUGAUUUGUCCGAGAAUUUUAGAUUCCCUAAGCACGGUGUGGAGCGAGAGAGUCAAUAUAGACAUGCCAAAUGUGAUGUCGCAUCUUGUACAGGUCGCACUUACGAAAGGAGAAGCUAGAGAGAUCAAUUUCUGGACGUCCUCGUAGCUUUAUGUAGCGCAGGAACAUUGUUGCCAGUCGGCCGUAGCCUCCAGUAGGUCGUGAUUAGAAUUCUCAACUUUAAAACUCGAUCUGCAGGAGAAAGUGAAGCCUGUGCAGGGGAGCAUUUCUCAGAUCAUAUCUUGUGCUUUCUG